AUGUCAGGAUUACCAUCUACCAUGCGGCGCUCGGUCGCUAGCCUCACCUCAACGGUUCUAAAAGCUCCUACCCGCCAAUCCCUCUCCCCAGCUUUCAAAAGAGGCUCCCUCUCCGCAACAACCCGAGGAUUCACUUCCCUACCCUCAAGACGCGGCAGCAUCGCGCUCACAAAUGGAUUAAGCCGCAAGAUCCAAAGUCAGGACCCACGCCGUCUUCCCGGCCAAGUCCGAUGGAGCAGUGAUGAGCCCCUGAACUUGCGGCAGUGGGGUUUUGAAGAUAUUACCGCCGCUCUGCCUAGUACAAAUGUCUCCUCGCCAACACACUCGCCCAUCUUCAUUGAUGUCCGCGAACCCGCCGAACUAAACGCUACCGGCAUCAUUCCCUCGGCUAUCUGUAUCCCGCUCGCUUCCCAGCCUGAUGCGCUCUACCUUACCCCCGAUGAAUUCGAGACCCGUUUUGGCUUCCCUAAGCCGUUUGCCGAUAAGGAUCAACAGAUUGUGUUUUAUUGCAAGGCUGGUGUGAGGGCCAGGGCUGCGGCGCAGUUGGCUGUUCAGGCGGGAUAUAAUCCGGAGUCUCUUGGUGUUUAUGAUGGUAGUUGGUUGGAUUGGCAGAAGAAGGGUGGAAAGGUUGAGAAGUGGGAAGGUGAUGAUUUUUGA